UUUAAGUGUCAUGGACAUUGAUUUAGUUCUUUGAGAUCUUUGUGUAUUCAUCAUUCCUUGUUCAGUCAGUAUUUAUUGUUGUAGCUACAUCGAAAAUCAAACAUGAAUCCCAAAUUGAAUUUAAUUUCCUUGACGCUCAUAGCGGAGCUCUUCCUACUGGUGCCUUUCGGGAAUGCCAGGAGUGUCUCCAUUACUCCAACGCAGCAGAAGAUCGAAAAUAACAGAAACUCCACGAGAGCCACCAGAAAUGGUACUUUGAUUCUGGAUGCAGGCGACCAGAGGCUGAACUCCACUAGCCUUUCAGUAUCCCAUGUUUCGGUUUCUGCAUCUGUUUCCCCUUCUGAAUCCUCGCCAUCUACUGUGCGGCAUAUCCGUCGCAAAAAGAGGGAAUAUGCAGUAGAUAUUCCAUUUGAUUUCUUCACGAACCAUAUGCACUGCGACAUGGAUCAAUCGGGAUCCUAUAAGAUAAUGGAUUAUUUCCCUUUCAAUUGCAUUUGGAUACAAAACAAUCAGCACCAGCACGAGGGGUGGUGGCGCAUAUACAUGCAGGCAAUGAUGGAGGCAUUCUUCUUUGGACAGUAUUAUGAGCGCUUGAGGCGCUUCGAGCUCGACCCACACUCCUUCGACUACAGAGGUGUGGGAUUUUAGCCUAGUCUCUAUAAAAUUAGUGCGGAAAUAAAAUUAUAUUCUCGUAUCUACUCUUUUAACGGGACGGCUAUAUGUGUAGAUUUUAAAGGGGAGGGGGCAAAAAUUCCGACAUCCAAAAAUCUGUAAGCCUGGAUGUCGGAUUUUUGUAACACUGAUUUAGCUGUCUUUUAAUCUUUAUAUGGUUACAUAAAACACGAAACCCGCAUUGACAAACAAUAAAAGAAAACGAAAAGAAAACACC